CCUUUACUACUACUCCGCCAAUAAGAAAGCAGAACCUCCUUGCAUCUUCCCACGCUUACGGAGGACUCUGUAACUAUUAAUCGGGUUUUUGGUCCCGUCGAUCGAUUACAUUGGAUUCCGACGGUGCCCUCAAACCCUUUUCUCUCUCUUGACUCUGACUUGAAGCCUGUAAAUAUAUGUUAAAACAGAUUUCGUCUUCUUCUUUUAACCAUUACUGGAUUCUUGAAUUGAUCCUGUUGGAUAGAUUAUAGAUGGGGUUUGUUUUAAGAACAUUAACGAUCACUAUAAUGGCCUGGUUGACUCUGUUCCACGGAUUUUUUGGAGUCGUCAAUGGUGAUUUCAAUUACAAGGAAGCGCUCACCAAGUCCCUUAUAUUCUUAGAGGCACAGAGGUCAGGGAAGCUCCCCGCCCCGUCUAGGCUUAAUUGGAGAGGAGACUCUGCGCUUGAUGAUGGCAAGGAAGCUAAUGUCGAUCUGUCAGGGGGAUACUAUGAUGCAGGAGACAAUGUGAAGUAUGGUCUUCCCAUGGCUUUCACAGUUACAACUCUGGCAUGGGCUGCUACGUUUUAUAAUCGAGAGUUACAGGAAGCAGGGGAGUUGCAGAAUGUAAUGGAUGCCAUGAAGUGGGGAACAGAUUAUCUACUUAAAGCUAGUGCCAAACGUAAUCAUUUAUGGGUUCAGGUUGGUGACCCAGUAAAGGAUCACGAAUGUUGGAUGCGGCCAGAAAACAUGAAAACCCCUAGAACUGUUCUGGAGAUAGAUGAGAACCAUCCUGGAACAGAGAUAGCCGGCGAAACUUCUGCAGCACUAGCUGCUUCUUCCAUUGCCUUCAGGGGUGUGGAUCGUGCUUAUGCUCGCAGUCUCCUCAACAAAGCCAAACUACUCUUCGAGUUUGCCAGGACACAUAAAGGAACUUUUGAUGGAGAAUGCCCUUUCUAUUGCUCUUAUUCAGGCUUUAACGAUGAACUGUUGUGGGCAGCCACAUGGCUACACAUGGCAAGCAGGAAGCCUAUAUAUUUAAAGUACAUACAGGAAGAGUCCAUCAGUGCAAGCGUUGCCGAGUUUAGCUGGGAUCUCAAAUAUGCUGGAGCCCAAGUCCUCCUCUCCAAACUGUACUUUGAAGGGGAAAAAUCUCUGGAGAACUUCAAGACGCAGGCAGACAGUUUUGUAUGUUCAGUGAUCCCAGAAAGUCCCUAUAAACAAGUAUUCAUCACACCAGGUGGGUUGGUUCACAUGAGAGAUGGAGCGAAUACACAGUACGUGACAAGCAAUGCUUUGUUGUUGAGCGUUUAUGGAGAUCUGCUAGCCAAACAUAACCAAAAGGUUAAAUGUGGGAACCUAGAUUUGGAAGCCACACACCUCUUGUCCUUCGCCAAGAAACAGAUGGACUAUCUACUGGGAGAUAACCCACAGGGGAGGUCCUACAUGGUAGGUUUCGGGAAGAAUCCACCCACCAGGGCACACCACCGAGGUUCGUCUGUGCCGGUAUUGUCACCUGACGCCGACGUAAGCUGCCCCAUGACCUUCGUCAACUGGUUCUCCAAGGAUGUCCCCAACCCCAAUGAGCUCACAGGAGCCAUCGUUGGGGGACCUGACCGCUUCGACAACUUCGUAGACCAGCGGUGGGCCUCUGCCAUGCUCGAGCCCGCCACAUACAUCAACUCCCUCGCCGUUGGUGCCCUCGCUAAGCUCGCCGGAAGCACCCAUGUUGUCUGAGAUUUCUAGAACAACUCAUGUUGAUGUAACAUCCCUUCUUUCUACUUAAUAUUUCAGUAGUACGUAGACUGAAGAUAACUUUGUUAGCAUUAAAGAGGAGAGGGAGAGAGGGGAAUGAAAAGGAAGCAGGGCACCCAAAAUGUGAAAUUUUUUCCUUCUAAAUCCUCCAUUUAUUAGUGAAGUGAGUUUCAUGACACAAUAUAUGCAUUUUCCUUUGUGAGGAAACAAAAUGACUCUCCAGCAGAAGAGUAUUCAAGUUUA